AUGUCCUCACUACUCGCCAAAAUCCCAGUGUAUAUCCUAUCCUCCGCUGUUCUACUUGGCGCCUUCUCCCGUUUCACUCAUGGCCAGUAUACUCCUACAUGGUAUGCGUUUCAAGAAUACCACAUGACCGACGAUGGCUCAGUGGGCGCUCAAAUUACUCCCGUAAUCGACACGCUCGUGGGACUGAGCCUCAUAUUUGGGAGGCGAAAACUGAGGCUCUCUGCAGCUGGUAUUAGCCUGGUAUUUUUCGUCAUAGGACUGGCAAUCCAAGUCCACGCUGGGAAGGAAUACCUUGGUGAUGUCGCGCUGGUUACUCUGGCAAUGGCCUCGGUGAUAGUAUCACGCAAAUAA